AUGCCAACAACAACUGUUCCCUCGAAUAUUGCAGAUCAUGUUAGUAUUGUGCGAGUAUCAAAAGCUGAAAAUCCAAUUGAAAUUAGAAAAGUACCAGCCGAACAAGCAACAGACGAUGUCGAUGAUAUUAAGUCAGUUGUUCACCCUUCUAAGGUCAAGGUUCAACGUGUAAAAAAAGUAUCGAGCAAAACUCAAGAAAACAAUUUUGAAGCUAUUUCUUUACAAGAGUUAGGGCUUUCAUCAAUAUCAGCAUUCACAAAUGCUGAAGUUACGGUUACCAAAUUACCUCGCCAUAGCACUGUUGGAGCUCAACUAAAUCAAAUUAUCGACAACAAAGUACACGAUAGUGAGAAAAAUCAACAAAAUGUUAGAUUUCCUUCAAACGUUAAAAGUAGUACGAUUAAUGUUCAGAAGUUGAAGAGAUCAUCCGUCAAAAUAGAACCAUCAGCAAAUCAUUCGAAGCUCGUCAAAUUUUCAGCAAAUAACCACAUCAAAGUAUUCAAUAAAGUGACGGUGAUAAAUAUGCCAAAAAAACGUUCUCAAUCUUCAUAA